AUGCCUUCAGAGCGCUUCCUUGGAAACCUGCAUGACUGCUACGUUACGACCGACACUAGAGCCAACAAGGAGCUUGCUGCCCAACUAAAUGGUCUCAAUGUUGUUGUUGCCGGAGCGGGAAGGGGGGUCGGUCGGGCAGCUGCUGAGCUUUUCAGUCACGGCUUUCCCAAAUCACUCAGCCUCGUUGCCCUGGAACAAGAUGAGGUUGACGAUACUGUCAAGCUCUGCCAGAGCAUCAGCAAAUCUACCUCAGUAUUGAGCCGCGCAUUUAAUGUGACUGACGCGAAAGCCGUACAGGCGUUCCUGAGCGAUGUGGAGAAAACUUUCGGAUCCAUUGAUGUGGUCGUUAUGAACGCUGGUAGGCCGCCUCAAUGGCUCCCAACGGCCGAAGGUGACCCGGAUAUCUGGUGGGACACCGUCGCCGUGUCGCUCCAGGGUGCAUACAACUUCAGCCGUUACGCACUACCCAUCAUGAAAAAGCAGCAACAUGGAAGGAUUAUCUUCACCUCGAGCGCCGCCUCUCACGCAAACGAAGGUAUCAGUAGCUAUAUUGUUGGUAAGCUGGGGAUGGUGCGGCUGGCCGAGAUCAUUCAUGCCGAAAAUUUCAAAGAGUCAAACAUCAAAGCCUUCGCCAUUCAUCCGGGAGCCAUUCCAACACGAUUCUACCAUGACUUCAAGAACAAGGCCGAAGGUCACACCGAAGACUUGCGAUAUAUCUCUGACACUGCUGAGGGGGAGCAGAAGUCCGCUGAGACUGCCAAAGGCUUCUUCAAGGACGCGCAUUGGGACACUCCCUACAUGGCUGGAGGAAUGAUGACUGUGCUUGCAAGUGGCCAGAUGGACUUCAUGUCAGGCCGAUAUGUGGACUGCGCAAUGCGUGUGGAAGACCUUGUCGCAAAGAAAGAUGAUAUAUUGAAGAACGAUCUGUACCGUGUGCGCCUCAAUGCUGGUGAAGGUGGAUUGAUUCCGAGGCUGGAUUAUUAA